AUGUCAAAGCGUAGUGCCGAUUUUAUGCAAAAUUUUCUUAAAAAAAAAAAAAUGUGUACUGUAGAAGACAAUGAAAUGGUAGACGACCCAGCUCCUAUUUUGUCAAAUCAACCUAUGAAAAAUGUAGACAUUGAUCCAACAUCAAAUCAAAACAAAGGUACUGUAGAAAAUAUAAUUAUAGAUAUUGGUAUUGCAUUAAGUUCAAAAUCAACAAUUGAUGAUUUUACUAAAAAACAGUUACUUGAAAAUCAUUGGAAACCACCAAUAGGUUACAAUUUUCCUUAUUCAAGUCACACAAAAAAUGGAAUUCUUCGUAAACGAUUUUUGAAACAAGAACAUAUAAAUAAAUAUUUCUGGCUUGUUUUUUCGCCUUCAGAAAGUGGAUUAUUUUGUGUUUAUUGUUCUAUUUUUCACAAUAAAACUGGUCAUGGAUUUAAUAACCAUACUCAAUUAAAGUCAUUAGUAGUUGAGCCUUUAAAGAAAUUCGCUAAGUUAUUAGGAAAGGAUGGUUACCUUGAAACGCAUGAUAAUAAUUUGUACCAUAAAAAUUCUGUACUGAACGGAAAACAAUUUUUAAAAUCGUAUAAUAAUCCAGAGCUAGAAGUAGUAAACCAAAUAAAUUCACAGCGCCUAAAACAAGUUAAUGAAAAUAGAUCUAGACUAAAACCUAUAGUUGAAAGUUUGAUUUUUCUCGGGCGGCAAAAUAUUGCUUUACGUGGUCAUCGCGAUGAUGGAAGCGUUAAUGAUCUAUCUGAUAACCCAUUAGAGAACGAAGGAAAUUUUAGAGAGCUUUUAAAGUUUAAGAUAUUAUCUGGAGAUAUCGUAUUGGAAAAUCAUUUAAAAAAUGCUGAAGCAACAGCUACUUAUAUAAGUAAAACGACUCAAAAUACUCUUAUUUCGAUAAUUGGAAAUAUAAUUUUAAAAAAUACUGUCAUAAAAAUAACUACGAUCAAUCUAGUGUCAAUACUGAACCAAAAAUGA